AUGAUCACUCCGGAGGAAAUGGCCAUAGCUGACUAUACCAUCGAACCAAAGCUACUAAAGUAUGUCUCCAUGAUAAAAUGGGCCUCCGAAAACAAUCGAAUAAUAAAAAAACAAAAUGACGUCAAUAGCGAAAAUCCGGCCAAAAUGACGACAUUUACUGUGAAAGGAUCUGGAAUUGUCAGUGGAGUUGUUGGAAGGAAGUCGAGGUUUAGUUUAACAGUGUCAGAUGUUGUUGGUAUGUUCCUUCUUGGUGUUGAUAUUAAAGGACCAAAGAAUGAAGUAUACAGCGAACAGAUUAUUAGUCUUCAUCAGUCUAAAGAGAUCAUGAUUGGAGCGUAUCAAACACAGCCAAAACAAGGGCGUCUUGCUUCUAUAGACAAUCACGUUAUGGAAUAUAUGGAAGAUGCUGUUGGUAAUACAUAUGUUCGUUGGAAGAAUCUAAAACUCCUUGGUGAUAGUUCUGCAGUAAGUGUUAUUCCGUUUAAUUGCCAAUGCACGGGAGAGGGGACGUUUCUUAUGACAUAUCUGCCGAUAUCCACAGGAAUUCAUACCGUUUCGAUCAAAUGGCAAAACUUUCACAUCGAAGGAUCGCCAUUCAAGGUUAAAGUCUACCAACCACGUGAUCUGACAAGGCGAGCAAUAAGAGACGCCAAAGAUAAACGCAUCAUCUUCGAUUCUCUUUCGCUUUCGUCUAUUGAAGAGCGUCCUUUGGGACUUUUGAAAAUCGGCCCAGAAACAGAUUUUACCAAAAGUAAGAGCGAUUCAGAAAAGAGUAGUGGUAGAUCGUCUAGGUCAAAUCGGAUGAAGAAGCAAUUUACGGUAACAAAGCGGCGGGUGAUACGUAAAGUGAUAAGUCGUCAUGGGGAGGAAAUCGUCAUACAGGAGUCACCCUCUCCUACGCUAUCUCGUCAGAGUAGUAUGACAGAUACCUCAACUGAAGAGGAACAGAUCAGGAAGUCAAACUCACCCUCUCCGCCAUACAGACGAAAAAUUAUACCUCGAUCAGCAAGACAUAGUGUUGAGCAUAACAAUAGCAGUGACAACUCAGACACAUAUCAAAGUAAAUCAAAUCAGGAAUUGAAGUCUUCUGAUGGAAAAGGAAAGGGUUCCGUGUCCACCAGCAGCGAAGAGAUCAGGAAAAAUACUUUCCAAGACGGUAAAACAGAUUCAAAUAAACGUGCAAAACCACCUUUAACAUGCAACAGAUCAUUUUCAGAUUCGAUGCUUAUAUGUUCCCCAUUUCCUGAUGCUUUGCAAAACACAUUUAGACAAAUGAAAGAACUGAAGAAAUCUGAUAGUAAAAUAUUUCAAAUACAUAUCCCUUCUUUCAAGUUUCUUCAAUCUAAAAGCUUUAGGAACUCAGACUGCAAUUUUCCUCGAGACGUGUUUCGUCAGCAUUCGUUUAGUAGCUCUUCUUCAGCAAGCAGUAAUUCAACCGCGUCCUUAGGAAAGGCUAAAAAGUCUCUUUCUUUGACGAGGUCUCUGCCUAUUCUUAACAACGAUGUUUACCCCUAUGACAAAAGUUUGUCUAGGUUAGAAAGAAUACGAAGGGAUAAACGCUAUGCUAUUGAAAUUCAAACAAGAAAUGAAAGAUUAACGCAAGUAAUGACAACAACAGCAUCGCCUUCUACUUCAAGUCUUAGUAGCUUAGCAACGCCUACUUCACAUUCAUUUCCUUGGGAUGAUCCAAAAAGAUGGAAAAUUUCCCAAUUUGAAAGAGAAUCUGUUGAUAAACAAGCGCGUGCCCUCUAUAGCCCACCUAUUGCCAAACCACUGCCAGAAGAAACUGAAAAAGCGCCAUAUAAAAGUAGUAGAAAGAAUUGGGAACAAAUUAUAUCCAAACAAAGAGCCACUACAAUGUACUGGUUAAAUAACCAGACAACAGAUCAUUUUUCUGUUGAUUCAACAGAUUCAGACCCAAAUUUUCUAGUUGAACAAUCCAUCAUGGGACCAAGAGAGAGGCAACAUUCUCUAGAUCUUUUGACAGAAAUCAAAACACCAAUCAAACACAGAAAGGAAAGUCUAUCAAGUGUAGACAGCAAAGGGAGCGCGUCCUCAAAGAAAAAGGGUCUUCAAAGGCAGUUCAGCAAGAUGGAGGACCUACAGUUGGAUUUGGAAUCCGUUAAUGAUAAUGAGUUUCAUGGGAUUCAGAAGGAAUCUUCAAUAAUUGAUCAACAAGAAGAUAGAAAAGUAAUGGAUGGUAAGUCUGAGACCAACUUCAACCAAGCUACGUUCAAAUCUAUUGUAACUGUUACAAAUGUUGUGCCAUCUAAAGUCCACGUCGUAACACCAAAGGUAAAAGCAAACAAAACAACACAAGUAACUGUUAAUGAAAUAUUAAGAGAAACAGGGUUCUUGUCAAUUUUUUACAAUUUAAACAUAAGGAGACGUAAAAAGUACGUUAAAAAUGACACCGAUAAUCAGACAUCUACAACAAGCGAUGCUCAGAAUCCAGUCAGAGCUCGAAGUUUUUCAGAUGGUGCUAUUUUUGGGCAACACCACGACGAAUCAGACGAGGAAGAUGUGGAUCCCAAUUCACGCCAAUCAACCAUCGAUAGUGGCAUCGCCGAGGAAAAUCAGAAUAGAGCUGAAGCUUUCCCAUUACAGCGGAAUCCGAAUAGAAUAAUAUUCCGACAGAAUGGACAUAUAAAAGUUCAUCGACGCCCUUACCGAGGACACAUUGUUUUGGACCCUAGGUUGAUAAUGAGUGGUAGUAAUACAGACUCCCAAAGUGACACAAACGAUGGAAAUAAAUCCAAAUCGUUUAGAAGAAAGGGAAAAGUGCCUGAAGAAUCAACAAGUUUUUCAGAUACAGAGAUCACAACGAUCAAUAUCCGGAAACGCCGAAAACGAAGGAAACUACGAUCUGCAGUGGUCAAGUUUGCUCCAAUACUCUCUACGUUUAAGAAAUGGGAAAACAAAGAGCAUCAAAGACAUGCAGAGCGACAAUUAACUGACCAUGUUUACAAUGGAAACGAUGCUGAAGUAGAAGCCGAGAAUAAGCAUCUGCUGUACGCUCAUCCUGAGAAAGAAUCCUCGAACUCCGAAUUUUCCGAGAUUGGGAUAGGUGUAGAUAAAGCUGAAAAAACCUUCUUGUUAAAUGACAUACAAAGCUUUAAACAUUUAUCCGAAAACACCCAAACUGUAACAAUGAACGACACUGAAGGAUUAGAAUCAAAUAGUGAGGACUUUUAUAGAUUAUUGCAUUCAGAUGAAAAUAUCCAAAGUUCGAAAGAUGCUGAAAAAAUAUUUUGUUCCUCAAAAGAAAUAAAUUUGACACAGGAUAAACGGUUCAUAUCAGCCGUUUGUCAUUUUGUUUCACCUGAUAUCAACAAGAGAUAUACAAGCUAUGGAUGUCUUCCACCAACAAAUGACAAUGAUUCAGAACAGAUAUUUGAUCUAAAUGAGGACAACAUGUGUGAAGACUUUGAAAAAUACAUUGCAGGGUUUAACGAAAGCAUUGAUGAGGAUCCUGCUCCAUCAUGUUCAGCAGAAGGAGUUGGACUGACGAUCGGACAAGUAGGAAUGAAGAAUAAUUUUCAGGUAUGGUGUCACUCCCAAGAGAAUAUGGCCAUAUCAAUUACAAUUCACGGCCCGCGACCAUUCUCUGUGCUAGAGUCCAGUAUUGUGUACACGGGAGACAAUUUGUAUGAGGUCACUUAUGACGUGGCAUAUCCAGGAUAUUACGUCAUCUGCAUUAACUGUGGAGAUCAGCAAAUCAGAAACAGUCCAUUUCUAGCCAAAAUUACACAUUAA